CAGCUACAGAGACCCAUGGUGUCCAAUUUUGAGAUGGGGCGACGACGCAAGUCUGCCUACCAGGUCAGCUGUGAGGCAAAGGCUAUGAUCCAUGGCCGGUGGGGAGGGAGAGGCCAGGACGCGUGCGACUUGGCCACUCUGUUGGUGUAUGAGUUCCAGUUCCAUUCCUACCGUGGAUGCCGACUCAAGGCAGCCGACAUUCGCUUCCGAUUCGAGCCGAUACCAGGUCAAUCAAAUGAACUGUCUGUCGCUGAGAUUCAGCCAAAUGGUGUAUUUAAAGUUGCACGCACCGAGCAAUCCGAGCAAUCCACAACCGGCCUUGAGCUUACGCUUGGGUCCCAGCCACUGGCAGGAGCUGUGAACACUUCAAUCGCUGUAACCAAUUCGAACAAUGUGGAGAAGGUUACAUUGCAUCACACGGUUGUCACUGGCGACCGACCUGCAGAUAUCUACGGCAGUCAGCAUGAGGCACAUUUUUCGCUGUCAGAGAACGUAUCACAGCAGGACGGGAUUCCUACGCGACUGAGAGCCUGUAUCCUUUUGAAGCGGGGAACGGAGGAUGACUUUGCUUGUGUUCCCUACAUCCAUGUCACUCCAGACUUUAAGACUUGGGUUGGACAGCUGUUCUCGUCUCGGGACAGGGAUGAUCCUGUCCGAUUCCGUCCCUCUGAGCCGGCGUUCGAUCAGCUGGAAAAGGGGAUUGUAGUUGACGCGGAAAAUCUGGGAGCCACCAAUCUAGAUCGGCUGUGGGGUUGUACCAUGUAUACAACAUGCAAUGAUGUUGUUGAGUCAUUUUCCCCGGCUAUGGACUCUGAGCUGGACGCUACAUCUGGCGAUGCCGCGUGCAGUGAGGCCGAGUACGAGUGGGAAAGAUUGUCAUGGGAGGAACGAGUGAAAGAUUUGACGGGACAGUUAACGAAUGGAAGGACAUGGGAAGAAAUGGAGUCAACAGUGAGCGAGUUUCGCGAUUAUGAUAACAGAGCUGUCCCAACCAUACUUCAUCACCUGUCGAUGGACAAGUUUGCACAUGGAUUCUACGACCUUCCUGAGUCUACGCGCGACUGCAUCCUUGAUUCUCUCCUUCGAGAUCAUCUGGAAGAGCAAAGCGCAACUGCAGACCACGUUCAGGCCAGUACAAUAGGGAAGGAUAAGCAACCUUAUCCCAUUCUCACUAUUGCCCUCGAAAAUAGCAAUACUGGGUUCCUUAACACCAUCGCGACUCGUUUUCAGCACCAUUUGCCACACCUUCUCAAGAUCUCCCAUAAAGGUGAUGGUCGCAACCCACUACACGAGGCAUUUUCAAUCCUUAUUUGGUGGUGGCAGAAGGAUAUGGGUCGGGUUAAGCGCAGCAGCUACAGGCAGGCAAAGGAGACAGAGUUGGAAAUGCUCACGCUGAUCAUCCAAAAGUGGGUCGAACUGGCCCCAGAUUCGGCCAUCGCGGCAAAAGACGAUCAUGGUAAUACUCCUUUGCAUUAUGCAAUGCAUUAUAACCUAUGCUACUACUUGAACUCGAAAGUCUACCGACCAGUCGUUGUCGCUCUAAUCGACAGGAGCCUCUGUCGCCGGAUGCAGGUCGAGGAUCAACUGAACGGAGUUGGCAAAUCUCCCUACCUGAUUUAUCUCGAGAGUGAAGCCGAUUUCGCUGAGAAGAGACAUCGGCCGGAACUCGGACUCGAAGGGAAAAGGACGGAAGAAAAGAGAAAGACGGGUGAAGAUACAAAAAGUAGAAAGACGCAGGAAGUGUUCAAGCCGCCCCAUAUGCCUUCGCAUUCAGAGCUUCCCAAAUUCGACAAGGUCACAGUGCCGCCUCAUUCGACACAAAACCCACAGUGUGCCCAGGAUAACAGUAAGGCUACAGGACCGGCGUAUACCCCACAGUUCCCAUCGCCGAUGCCGCGCUCAAGUGCGACCAAAGAGCUGACACCCAAUCAAAUACAGCUAGAUGAAGCUGACGACAAAAUCAGAAGGCAGGCUGCAGAUUCAAUUCGGCAGUGCCUCAGGAUGUGGUAUAUACGAAACAUGUCCGACGCGGAUGCCAAGAAUUUGCUGUAUGGCAAUAUCGCAUCAGACAAGAAUUUGUACUUCGAUGCCACGCACCUGAGAGGACGGGGGGCAGCGCAGAUCGUCCAAUUAAUUAAAAAACUAACCCGCGCUGGGGGUUUCGAAGACACUCUGUCCUACGUCAGAAUCCCCCAAGUGUCAGAGCCAGACGGGCUCCCAGAGGCUGCUACUAUAUCCAAUACAGCCAACGAGAAAAGAGGGAUCCAUAGUGCAUCUGGCCCCAAGAAGGCCUUGAUGGGACGCAUUUCACUAAUCUCCGUCUUCGGUGAGCUGGCCCUUGCAGGUGUACGGCACAUUGUACGGCUCCAAGUCGAAGACAACGGCGAUUUCAUGACCCAUUCAGACGCAGCUAUUGAAAGGGCUAUUACUGGAUCGGAUCACCGAGGCGAGUCAACCUCCUUCGGUACUAGAACCGCGGCCUUGAAUAUAGAAACCUGGUAG